AUGGAACCCGACGACGAGAUUUAUGCCAACGGCGGAGCCGAUAGCUCUGAGAAUCGAAGCAGACCAAUUAUAAGCAGCGAACAACUUGACAUCGAAGCAUACGCCGGACUAUACUCAGGGAGAACGAAAAUCACGCGAUUACUGUUUAUCGCGGACCGGUGUGGUCAGAAUAAUAAUACGGCUAUGCAAAUGGAAGCGCUCCGAAUGGCUUACGAGGAGAUCAAGAAAGGAGAGAACACGCAAUUGUUUAGAGAUGUAGUGCAAAAAAUUGAUGGGAGGUUGGGGAAUAAUUAUGGGAUGGAUAGUGUUUGGUGUGAGAUGGUGGAUCGGAGAGCCGAUCAGAGGAAAGAGAAGCUUGAGAAUGAACUUAAUGCUUACAGGACAAAUUUGAUCAAAGAAAGCAUAAGAAUGGGAUAUAAUGAUUUUGGAGAUUACUAUUAUGCUCAUGGUGCCCUUGCAGAUGCUUUUAAAAGUUAUGUCCGCACUCGUGAUUAUUGCACUACAUCAAAGCACGUUAUUCAUAUGUGCAUGAGUGCGAUUCUUGUAAGCAUUGAGAUGGGUCAAUUUACUCAUGUCACAAGCUAUGUCAGCAAAGCAGAACAAACAGCUGAAGCUCUUGACCCUAGUACUGUUUCAAAACUACGUUGUGCUGCUGGAUUAGCUCAUUUGGAGGCAAAAAAAUACAAGCUUGCAGCUCGGAAGUUCCUGGAAGUGGGUCCUGAAUUGGGAAAUUCAUACAAUGAAGUUAUUGCUCCUCAAGAUGUUGCAACAUACGGAGGACUUUGUGCACUUGCAAGUUUUGACCGGACAGAGCUCAAGAACAAAGUCAUUGACAAUCUCAACUUCCGUAAUUUCUUGGAGUUGGUACCUGAAGUGAGAGAGCUUAUCCAUGAUUUCUACUCAAGCCAUUAUGCUUCAUGUUUGGAUUACCUGGGAAAUCUGAAAGCAAACCUGAUGCUCGACAUCCAUUUGCAUGACCAUGUCCAGCCACUGUAUGAUCAAAUCCGCAACAAAGCUCUCAUUCAGUAUACACACCCAUUUGUGUCUGUUGAUCUGCACAUGAUGGCUAAUGCUUUCAAAACAACCAUUGCGGGCUUAGAGAAAGAACUCGAAGCCUUGAUUACUGACAAUCAAAUACAGAUUAUCAUGCCUUUGCAGGCACGAAUUGACUCACACAACAAAAUUCUAUAUGCACGGCAUGCAGAUCAAAGGAAUGCCACUUUCCAGCGGGUACUGCAGACAGGCCGUGAGUUUGAUAGGGAUGUUCGAGCAAUGCUGCUGAGGGCAAAUCUUGUCAAGCAUGAAUACAAGGCUUCUAGGAAACUUUAA